AUGAUGGGGUUGGUUUACUUCUUUGAUGUCACCGGAUUUUGUCUUUUGUUUCUCGAGUGUUCACAAUUGAGUGAAAAGCUUAAGGACAAUGUAUACAAUUUGCCGUGGCAAUGUAUGGAUUUGAAAAAUCAGAAGACGCUUUUAAUUUUCCUCAAUAGAAUUCAGACAACAAUGCAUAUCACAUGUAUGGGGGUGUUGCCUGUCGGUGUUCAAAGCAUGGCCUCUAUUUUGAAAACAUGCUACUCUUACUUCACAAUUCUACAAUCUAUGGAUAUUUAAUGAAAGCAGAUUUAUAAUAUCUCAAAGUCCAAAUAUAUUAAUUAAUUAUUGUACACAAUUGAAUGACUAUAAAUUAGACGAUUCUAAAUUUAAUAUUAGUACCAAUUCUUAUCUCGUAGCAGGGAAGAGAGGAAUUAUUACACCAUUAAAUUACUCCACUCCACAGCUUACAUGCACUAUUCAUUAAAAUAUUUUAAUUAAAGAAGAGCGAACCUUCCGUCACAGGUCUUUGUCUUACUCGGGAGGCCUCAAUCUGAAUUUUACUAUGUACCUAUAAUAGAUAAAUAAAAAAUGCACUUUGAACACGAUGCAUAUAGUUUU